AUGUCAUUUUCCGGCAGAAGGCGGAGAUCGACAAUGUAUUCAUCGAAGGUGUUGCUCCUCGUCUUCUUUUCAGUGCUUCAAAUAUGGGUGUUGAGCAGCGAUUGUUGCAAGGUAAGAGCAAUAAGGAUACUACCAUCAUCAUUAAGCAAAGAUCCAGACGAUGUUAAAAGAUUAGAGCUUUACAAGAAGUUCUUCAAUGGCAGAUUUCCUAAAAUCAUCAACAGUACUGGUACUAUUUCAAAGGGCAAAGGCUUUCAAGAAAACAAAAGAAAAGUACCCAGUUGCCCAGAUGCUCUCCACAACUAG